AUGGCUGCGGACCGACUGCAGAUCGAUGACGAGACAGGCGAUCCCGUGCUGAGAAUAAAGCUCAGGAACGAGAGGGAUGAUUUUAGUGCUGCGGCGAGGUACCAGCGGUCCCAGAAGAACGAUGAAGUCGACGCCAAGUACGGUUUCGAACGCUACUCCCUUCCGACUGAGCGGACUGGCUGGCUGAUCAAUAUGCACCCAGCCGACGUCAUUGACGAGAACAAGUGCCUCGUUAGCGCGGUGGAUUACUAUUUCAUCGAGGAAGACGGAGGCAGGUUCAAAGCCACCCUCCCCUUCCCUCCCUACUUCUACGUCCUCACCAAGAAGGACACCGAGAGAGACGUCAGCUCCUUCCUCAGUAGGAAGCUCUCUGGGAGGAUCACUGGGAUCGACCUCGUCGACAAGGAAGACAUGGAUUUGCCAAACCAUCUGGUUGGACUGAAGAGGAGAUUUCUGAAACUCAAGUUCCUCUCGGUCGAGGACCUGAUGAAGGCCAAGCGGGACAUUAUGCCAGCUGUGAGGAAGAACAAGGAGAGAGAGAAAUCUCAAUCGGUGUACGACCCCUCCCUCUUCUCCACUCGGAGUGGGGACCCCACCUGGCACGUUCAGCCGGGGAGCCAGCUGGAUAACAUUGUCGACGUGCGAGAACACGAUGUCCCGUACCACGUGAGGGUUGCCAUAGACGCCAGGAUCAACGUGGGUCACUGGUACACCGUCAGGGGGCGGGGCUCCGACCCUCCAGAGAUUAGACUGGUGGAAGAUGAGCCUGACCGCCCGGAACCAGUGGUUCUGGCGUUUGACAUUGAGACCACCAAACUCCCUCUCAAAUUCCCAGACCCUGCGUCAGACUCCAUAAUGAUGAUCUCCUACAUGAUCGACGGACAGGAGACACAGCCCAACAUUAUUGUCACUUACAACGGUGAUAUGUUUGACUGGCCGUUUGUUGAGGCCCGGGCCUAUCACCACGGCAUCGCCAUGGGAGACGAGAUUGGAUUCUCCAUGGACAGACAGGGAGAGUACAAGUGUCGGCCCUGCAUACACAUGGACGCCUUUCGUUGGGUGAAGAGGGAUAGCUACCUCCCAGUCGGCAGCCAGAACCUCAAGGCCACCACCAAAGCCAAGCUACGCUACGAUCCUGUAGAAUUGGACCCUGAGGAUAUGUGCAGGAUGGCUUGUGAAGACCCCCAGGGACUAUCAAACUACUCUGUAUCGGACGCGGUGGCCACGUACUAUCUCUACAUGAAGUACGUCCAUCCGUUCAUAUUUGCUCUGUGCACCAUCAUCCCCAUGGAGCCGGACGAGGUGCUCAGGAAGGGCUCCGGGACGCUCUGCGAGGCUCUGUUGAUGGUACAGGCUUUCCAUGGCAACAUCGUCUACCCAAACAAACAAGAAGCGGCUCUGAGCAAACUGACGCCAGACGGCCACCUGCUGGAUACCGAGACAUACGUCGGAGGUCACGUUGAGGCUCUGGAGUCGGGGGUCUUCCGCUCUGACAUCGCCUGUAGAUUCAGAUUGAAUCCAGAGAUGUUGCUGCAUUUGAAAGCGAAUGUUCGUCGGACGAUGGCUCACGCUCUCGAGGUCGAAGAGAAGAUCCCACUGGAGCAGGUAACAAACUUUGAGGAACAGUGUGGGGAGAUCGAGGCCAAGCUGGCUGGGCUGGCCUCGGCUCCGGUGCGACUGGAGGAUCCCAUGAUCUACCAUCUCGACGUUGGAGCCAUGUAUCCUAACAUCAUCCUCACCAACAGACUUCAGCCCCAUGCUGUGGUUGACGAGGCGACGUGCGCUGCCUGCGACUUCAACAAGCCGGGAGCCACGUGUCAGAGACCAAUGACGUGGGUCUGGAGGGGAGACUUCAGUCCAGCCAGUCGGAACGAGUAUCAAACCAUCCGUCUCCAACUGGAGAGCGAGAAAGUCCAGGGGCCAAAACCGGGGGACCCUCAGACAAAUUUCCACUCGCUGCCCCCCCACGAGCAGGCCUUGCUGGAGAAGAAGAGACUUGCCGACUACUGCCGCAAGGCCUACAAGAGGACAAAGGUCACUCGGGAAGAGACGAAGUCGACGACGAUAUGCCAGAGAGAGAAUUCCUUCUACGUCGACACUCUUCGUGCUUUCAGGGACCGACGUUACGAGUUUAAAAGUCUUUUGAAGGCGUGGAAAAAGAAAUUGGAAGUGGCCAAGCAGAAAGGCGACCCUGCAGAAAUAAAGAGUUGCAAGAAUAAAGAGGUUCUGUACGAUUCCCUCCAGUUGGCUCACAAGUGUAUCCUCAACUCAUUUUACGGCUACGUCAUGAGGAAAGGGGCGAGAUGGUAUUCGAUGGAGAUGGCAGGGAUAGUUUGUUACACCGGGGCCUCCAUCAUAACCAGGGCUCGGGAAAUUGUGGAGGAGAUAGGGCGGCCACUGGAGCUCGAUACAGACGGAAUCUGGUGUGUUCUUCCCGCAACUUUCCCGGAGAACUACGAAUUUCAUGUGAGGCAGGGGAAAAGGUCAAAGGUCACAGUGUCGUACCCGGGUGCAAUGCUAAACGUGAUGGUAAAGGACAACUUCACGAACGACCAGUAUCAGGAACUGGUUGAUCCGGACGACCUGGUUUACGAGCAGCGCAGCGAGAACUCCAUCUUUUUCGAGGUUGACGGUCCGUACAGGGCUAUGAUCCUGCCGGCCUCUAAGGAAGAAGGGAAGAAGUUGAAGAAACGCUAUGCAGUGUUCAAUGAAGACGGGACGCUGGCCGAGCUGAAAGGUUUCGAAGUCAAAAGAAGAGGAGAGCUCCGGUUGAUAAAGAUUUUCCAAUCCUCCGUCUUCGAGGCCUUUCUUCUUGGGUCCACUCUGGAGGAGUGCUACGCCUCCGUUGCUAAAGUUGCCAACUACUGGCUGGAUGUUCUGUACAGUCGAGUGGGUCUUGAAAUUAUUGAUAGGAUUUUUCCGAGGGGACAAAUUUGGGUUGGGUAUUGGGGAAGGGAGGGGGGCAGUUUGAAAGGGGAGGUGUGUCUAUAGUGCACCCCUCUCAAGGACACCCCUGUUAUUAGGACACCUCUCGAACAUGGGCACCUUUUCUUUCCCCAAGAACAGUUCUUGAGUGCAAUUUUUAACCCCUGAAAUAAGGACACUUUCUUCUAUGCAUUAGUGUCUGGAUGAGAGAGGUUCCACUGUUCACUGUCCUUGCUCUCACCCCAGGCCCGGAACAUGCCGGACUCCGAGCUGUUUGACCUGAUAUCCGAGAACAGGAGCAUGUCUCGAAAACUUGAGGACUACGGGAACCAGAAGAGCACGUCAAUCAGUACCGCCAAGAGAUUAGCAGAGGUGAGAUGGGGGAAGGAAGAUGAAGGUGAGAUUUCCGAACCCUGCCCCCCCCUCCCCCUCCAGUUCCUGGGGGACCAGAUGGUGAAAGAUAAAGGUCUGGCUUGUCGUUUCAUAAUCUCCCUCAAGCCAGAAGGAGCGCCGGUCACUGAGAGAGCCAUCCCUCUCGCCAUCUUCCAGGCCGAGCCCUCUGUGAUGAGACACUAUCUGCGACGCUGGCUCAAGACCCCGACUCUCGACAAUUUCGACAUACGCAGCAUCCUAGACUGGGGGUACUAUAGAGAGAGACUGGGGAAUACUAUUCAGAAGAUCAUCACCAUACCCGCCGCCAUGCAGGGAGUCUCAAACCCGGUUCCCCGAGUCAGCCACCCUGACUGGCUCCACAAGAAGCUGCUGGAAAAAACAGACACUUGCCACCAGCUGAAGAUCAGCAGCCUCUUUCAGCGAGUCGCCAAACCAGCACAACAGGACGAUCCCGAAAGUGAAAAUAGAGACGGGGUUCAAAGGUCGGGGAAACGACCACUGGACGUGGAGGACUUGGUCUCUGCCUCCUCGUCGACGUCAUCCGCCGUCUCUCCCUCACACCCUCCCAUCGUCACCAAGCACAGACGAACUCUGACCUCCAGUCAGAGGGUGCAGCUGCUCCAGAGAGAGACGUGGAGAGAUGUCCUGGGGCCUCCUCCCUCCAUGGGAACCAGCAAGGAAGAUCUUCUGGCGUGGGUUUCAUACCACAAGAGGAAAUGGAAACUUCAAAUGGUCCGCAGACAGGAGAAGAAACAGUUGCUACGACAACAGGAAAGGGGCGUGGCCAUCAAGGGAAGUGCACUCGACGUGACGUCGUCGCACGACCUUGCAGGGUUUCUACGGCAACAGAACCGGGCCCUAAUUGAUCUCCACUGGCAAAUUCUUCAAAUAGCAGAGACGAGCACCCCUGGCCAGUUCACACUGUGGGCAAUGGUGGGUCACGACCUCCACCAGCUGAAGCUGACGGUCCCGCGAGUCUUCUACGUCAAUUGUCGGACGACAAAGGAGCUGAGGGGUGAGGGUACGGCGUGGAGGAAGGUGAACAAGUCCCUCCCUCGCUCGGCACCGUUCUGAACCUCAGCGAGUACUGCGUCUCCGAGAGCAUCUUCGAGGACCAUGCAGGGGAGCUGGUGACCCAGCUGUCUGCCCCGGACAUUGAGGGAGUCUACGAGACUCAAGUCCCGCUGACCUUCAGAGCCACCGUGUCUCUCGGAUGUGUUGUAACAGUCAACAGGAAGUUCUCACGAGCCGUCAUGAAGGGGGAAAUUGACUCCUACGAAUUAGACCACCUGGACUUCAAGACAGUCGCCCAAUACUCUUAUCUGGACGGACACUGCUUCAAACUUAUCUACCUUUACCACAGCCAGAGCGACCAUCGCGCCUUCUUUUCUCUCUACAUCGGAGCCACGAAGAAGACCAGUAUCUUUGUGGUCGACCGCGUUCGUACCAACCAGAUGCCAAACAUGACCAAUCUGUACCAAACUGAGCGAAACUCUCGUCUGGAGCAGUAUGCCAACUACCCAGCUCCUCCCGAUGAUGUAGCGUUCGAUGUUCGUGUCGACACUGAACUGAGAAGAGCUUACCGAGGAAUUCAGCGUCUGUUGGGGGAGUAUAAGAUGCCCGCAGGGGGCCCACCGUGAUUUUGAUCCAGUCCCCCAUUGGGGGCCCCCUACUCAAUCAGGCAAUUCCAACUCUCGAGGACUUUCCCUCCGUUCUAGUACCGCACCUUGACAGCGACGGUAGGUAUCCGGUGUUGGACUGGCAGAGAGUGGCUGCCAAGAGAAUGGUGCAACAGUUCCUCAACACACCCUCCUGGCUACAUAACCAGCUGGAGCAGGCCCGCUAUGCCCACAUCCCACUGGGGAAUCUCAGCAAGGAUCCCUCGCUCUCCAUCGCUGAUGUCUUCUUCGCCCGUCAUCUCCUGCGUCACAACCACGUCCUCUGGGUCUCCCCCUCAGACAAACCCGAUCUCGGAGGUCGAGAGGACGAUGAUUAUCGGCUCAUUACGGACACGGAAGAGGGGCGGAGUGUGGAGUUGAGCAAUCCCGGGGCCUACCCGACUUGCUGCGUGGAACUGAGUCUCGACGGACUCUCCGUUAACACCGUCCUCCAGAGCCAGCACAUCAAUGACUAUGAAGGCGGCUCCGGGAGCAGUAUCAGCUUCGACUGUACUCCCCAGGCCUCCCUGGAGGAGCUGAUGGAGGGAGGGGCCAGCGCAGCUCUCUCUGUUUAUGACGAGGCUGCUCUCUGUUCCAGCUCUUUCAAGAUUUUGAGAGGGAUGGUGCACACCUGGCUGCAUGAAGUGUCGACGAAUCAGAACAUAUACGCCGACCUGCAACUGCAGCAUUUCUAUAGGUGGAUAAGAACGCCGAGCUCGUUGUUGUACGAGCCAGCCCUGUGUCGAAUGAUCCACAAACUAACAAAGAAGCUGUUCAUGCAACUGAUUGGAGAAUUCAUGAGGCUCGGGUCCUCCAUCGUCUACGCCGACUUCAACAGAAUCAUCGUCUGCACCAAGAAGAAGAGGCUGGAGGAUGCGAGUGCCUAUGUGGAGUUCAUUCUGCGGAGUAUCCAGUCGCGGGAUCUUUUCCACAGUAUCAGAAUAGAGCCCACAGCCAGCUGGGAGUACCUGCUCUGGAUGGACCAGGCAAAUUAUGGUGGAGUUAAGGUUAAACUCCCGGUGUCGCUAAAAGCUCUCUACAGCGAAGAGGAAAACUCAGAGACAGCAACUGCCACCCAGGAGGAAGUGGGCGUGGCUUCAACUCCUAACGAGCAGGAAAUUGAGGAGCCGGAGGUGGAAAUGAACUGGAACAUGUGUAACUAUCUCCCCGAGUCUGGCUCCUGUCAAGAUAUCUUUAGAGUAAUGGUGGCCGGGCAUAUCCACUCUCUAUACAGUCACGAGGUGGAGGGGCGGAGAAACCACGCCCCUGGCUCCACCCCCAUUCAACGACGUCAUGCCAACAUCACACAGUCUCAGUUCACACCUGAUAAUACAGUCUCACCAAGUCUAGUCACUUUUGCCCAGGAGAGGAUCCAGAAAGAAAUCACUGAGAAACUAUUCAUUUUCACUCAGAAGAUCCACCAGACCCUCGGUGGCGGGGACAAAGGUCACCACUCCUCUACUGUCGACCUGUUUCCACGGUUACCUGGGUCUCACCUGACCUUCACGAACCCAGCACUGGAAUUCGUCAAGACACUUUGUAAAGUUCUGUCCCUGGACUCCAGUACCAGACACCAGGUCACCAAGCUAAGACGAGAUCUCUUGAGACUAAUUGGAGUCAGGGAAUUCUCCCUCGAGGCCAAUUUUCAGGAUCCCUGCCGAUCUUUCAUUCUUCCAGAGGUGAUCUGCGAGUCUUGCAACAACUGCCGUGACCUCGACCUCUGUCGCGACCCCUUUAUCACUCACGACGAAUCAUCCAACAGGAUGCAGUGGUUGUGUAGUUAUUGCCACGCCCCCUAUAAUCGAGACCAAAUUGAAUCGAAUCUCAUCAAAGCAGUUCAGAGACGCUCAGACUCAUUCUGCCUCCAGGACCUCGUCUGCGUCAAAUGUCGUGGAGUCAAGGAGGCCAACAUGAGCAACUACUGUUCGUGUGCCGGGGGAUUUGCUCUCACUGUCACCAGGGAAACGCUGCUGGAACAAAUGAUGACUUUCAGAAAUAUUGCCCGGCAUUAUGGUAUGGAGCUAUUGGACGAGACAGUGAGCUGGAUAAUCCAGAUGAACCAGACUGACCAGUUGUAAACCUGUUUUUUCAGUUCCAGUAUUUUGAUCCUUAUAUAUACAUGCAUGAAGAGUUGUGUGUAUAUUAUAUAUAUUAUACCUGUUUUGUUGUCAUUAAUCUUUAUAACCAGU